GGUAUGAGUAGUAGAGGAGUAUCAUUCGGUUAGCACGUACUUAUUUCGCAUUUAUCUUAUCAAUUUACAGUAUUUACUCCCGAAAAGACACCGCUAAACUGUCGAAUCAUUGUAUUACCUACCGUCUUCGUUUUCGAAUUCAGUGUUAGUUAACAUUAAACCGGCACUGCGUUUGUACGGAGUUUGUCCACUAUCGUCCAAGUAAUUCGGUGUUUCCUAAUCUUUCGAAAAUGAGUUCCAACAAAGAUGUCCCUCUACUUGAGUCCUGUAUUCCGCUUCCGAUUGAAGAAACCAAACUACUGGAUGUGGUAGAAAAGGCCAAGGAUUGGGCCAUCAUGCACGGGGCAGCGAUGCGUUCUAAAGCCGAAUUCAAUCCGGACGUGUUACAGUUUGCACCGUUUAUCCUCACGCCGAGCUCAUUUCCCAGGAAAGAGUUCGAAAAGGCGAUCAAGCUUCAACUUACCCUGAACGAGUUGAUGCAUGCUGUGGCUCACGAUUCGGAAUUUCUCCGGGACACCCUUAAAAAUACCAUCAAGGUUGAUACGUUUACAGGUUCAUUAUUCGAGAUUUACGAAACCGUUAUGAAUGAAGGGAUCACUCAGCCGAUAUCGCUGGGCCUUUUACGAUCCGAUUUGAUGCUGGAAACGAGAUGCGAAAACGCUUGCCAAGUUCAGUGUAGCCGAGCGAAGCCCUACUGCUGUUGGAAGCAGGUGGAAAUCAAUGCCAUCGCUUCCGGUUUCGGGCACCUGGGACCGGCCAGCAAGGCAGUGCAAAGUUACAUCUUGAACGAACUUGGCCAUACUGAUAAGCUCGCCAAUCUGCCGGAAAAUCGUGCAUUAUCGGGUCUUUGUGAUGCUAUGGUCGAAGCAUGGAAAAUUCAGAACCGUCCACAGGCUGCGAUUCUAUUUGUCAUCGAGGACAUUACGUACAAUAUCUGCGAUCAACGUUUUCAUGAGUUCUACAUUAGGGAAACCUAUCCGCACAUCCAGGUUUUGAGAAGAACCCUCACGCAAAUUUCUCAACAGGGUAAACUGGGGACCUCAAAAGAGCUACUUUUAAACGGUCAAGAGGUGUCUGUAAUUUAUUUCCGGGCUGGGUAUGAACCAGGACACUACCAUGGUACAGCUGAAUGGGAUGCCCGACUCCUUAUGGAACGAUCCGCUGCCAUUAAGUGCCCUUCGAUACAGUACCAUUUGGCUGGAACCAAAAAAGUGCAACAAGCUCUCGCUAAACCAGGAACAUUGAAACGCUUCAUCUCCAACGACAAGCAAAUUGGAUUAAUCAAAGAAAUAUUCACCGGACUGUAUUCGCUGGACAAAGCGGAAGGCGGGGAGAAUGCUAUCAAGUUGGCACUCGCCAAUCCGGAACGUUACGUGCUGAAACCCCAAAGGGAGGGCGGCGGUAACAAUGUCUACGGAGAAGAUAUUCCUAACGCACUGGCCAAAAUGAAUGAAGAAGAACUUUCGGCUUGGAUUCUGAUGGAACGCAUCUUUCCGCCACUGUCCCGGGGAUACAUGGUACGACCUGGAUCAACGGAAAAACCGGAAAUCGUAGAUCUCGUCUCCGAACUCGGCAUUUUCGGAACCAUCAUCGGAACCAAGGACAACAUUGUGUACAACAAACAGGUGGGCCACAUGUUGCGAACGAAACUAUCCAGUGCUGAUGAGGGUGGCGUUGCGGCCGGAUGGGGUGCGCUUGAUAGUCCUUAUCUGAUCGAUUGAAGGUGGAGUUAAUGGGUUUUUGUUGCGGGCACAGUUAAUCAAAAUGUCAUAGACAUUGAGAACAUGAUUUGAAGAGUUUUAUUCAUAUAUUUGUACAAUCUAUUUUGCAAUAAUAUACCUACUAUGAAAACA